AUGCCAUCUACAAAUGAAUCUGAUGACUCUGAAAAUGAGCAAAUAAAUGUCAGCAUCAAUCUAUAUUUAGUUCACAAAAAAGAAUUAGAAGAGAUCUGCCAAUUUAUUUCUCAUCUUUUUAAAAACCAACAUAUAGAUACAGAAGAAUAUUUACAAAUUGAUGAUAAAGAAUCAGAGGGAGAAGUUUUGCUUACUGACGAAGAUAUUGUUCAAACAGUACAACCAAGCCACAAUCUAUCUAGCAAAUUGGAUUCCGAGAAAAUAUCCUUGCCACUAUCAAUUAUGCUAAUACAAGUUCUUAACCACAUUCAAGAAAUAAUGUUAUUUUUGAGUAAUUUACCUGAUG